CAUUAACGUCGUCAUUUAAUAACUUCUCUCUCCGCUCUUCCGUUUACUCCGUCGCUGGAGCUGAAUAUAGCUGUCGCGCUCCACGCACAGCCCGGUGGUCGGGAUUUCGUAUUCGUAACUCUCCGACCAACUAUCGGCUAGAUUUUGCGAUCAUUCGGGUGGGAGGAAAAACGAUAACUUGAGGGAUCGGGUAACGUGUUGGGGACUGGAAUGCUGGUUGCGAGAUUGUGAUCUUUGUUGUCGUUUUCCUUCAAUUUAUUGAAGCUCCGAGUUUCCGUAAAUUUAAGGUGUGUUGUGUCGGAAAUGAGCUUGAAGGAGCCAUGAAAAGGGUAACGGUUACAAGAAGGUUGGGUAAGUAUGAGGUGGGCAGAACCAUCGGCCAAGGAACCUUCGCCAAAGUCAAGUUUGCGCAGCAUACGGAGACGGGCCAGAGCGUGGCCAUGAAAAUUAUGGCCAAAAGCACCAUUCUUAAGCACAGAAUGGUUGAUCAGAUUAAAAGAGAGAUAUCGAUCAUGAAGAUUGUAAGGCAUCCAAACAUAGUUAGGUUGCAUGAGGUUUUGGCUAGCCAAACGAAGAUCUAUAUUAUUCUCGAGUUUGUAACUGGAGGAGAGCUAUUUGAUAAAAUUGUCCACCAAGGAAGGCUUCCUGAAAAUGAAUGUAGGAGAUAUUUUCAACAGCUAAUAGAUGCAGUUGCUCAUUGUCAUAGUAGGGGUGUAUACCACAGAGACCUUAAGCCUGAAAAUCUUCUUCUUGAUGCUAAUGCUAAUUUAAAGGUGUCCGACUUUGGACUUAGUGCAUUGCUCCAGCAAGGCGUUGAUCUUCUUCACACUGUAUGUGGAACACCGAAUUACGUUGCACCUGAGGUGCUGAGAAACCAGGGUUACAAUGGGGCAGCUGCUGAUGUCUGGUCAUGUGGCGUCAUACUCUUCGUUCUGAUGGCUGGGUAUCUCCCAUUUUAUGAGACAGACCUCCCAACAUUGUACCAAAAGAUAAUUGCUGCAGAAUAUUCUUGUCCGUAUUGGUUUUCUCCUGGGGCUAAGUCGUUGAUAGACAAUAUACUUGACCCCAAUCCCAAAACUCGUAUCCAAAUUGAAGGAAUCAGAAAGCAGUCAUGGUUCAGGAAAAAUUAUGUGCCUGUCAGACAUAAAGUAGAAGAUGAUGUGAAUUUGGAUGAUGUUUGUGCAGUUUUUGAUGACAUCGAGGAUCGUUUUGUAGCUGAGCAUUCGGGAAAAAACGAGAAGGGGCCUUUGAUGAUGAAUGCAUUUGAGAUGAUUACCCUGUCUCAAGGAUUGAAUCUAUCAGCGUUGUUUGACAGACGGCAGGAUUUCGUAAAAAGGCAUACUCGUUUUGUUUCUCGAAAACCAGCAAAAGUUAUAAUUUCAACUAUUGAAGCUGUUGCAGGGGCCAUGUGCCUCAAGGUUCAGACACGCAAUUAUAAGACAAGACUCGAAGGGAUCUCUACAAAUAAUGGAAAACUUGCGGUAGUGCUAGAGGUUUUCGAAGUUGCACCAUCACUUUUCAUGGUAGAUGUCCAUAAGGCUUCUGGAGAAACGCUUGAAUAUCACAAGUUCUACAAGGGUUUCUGUGCUAAAUUGGAGAAUAUCAUUUGGAAGCCAGCGGAUGGUCUUGGAGACUCCAAUCUGCUUAGAACAAGGACUUGCUGAUCCAGUUUCAUGGGUGUGAGGCAAAUCAGUGAACAGACAAAUGGCUCAGUGAAAAAGCGUCUUGGUGGCAGUAUAGGUACCAAGUGAAUGUUGCAUAUGUUAGGUUUGAAGUAAUAAUAUUGCAGAAGCUGAGAUUAAACCAACUACCAGGUACCCCAACCCCGUAUAUGUUGUUUCCCUGGGGAGUUGGGAGGCCACAUAAACUCUGAAUCUAUGAUAUAAAACUUGCAAUUUCAGUCCAAAUAAAUAAAUAAGAAAGGAAAUAUUCUGGAUUUCAUGCCAA